AAGGAAAGGUGUAAAUCAUGGUGUAAAUAAUUCUGUUUACGUUUUGAAGCUGUUCGAUCGCAAUCUCGGAAUGUGAAUGCGCAUGCAAAAAUUUAAAAUUUCUUCAAAUGUGAAAAAUUCAUUAAAUUUAGUGUUAAUUUACCAUUCACAAUGGCACGCGAAAUUUUGACUCUUCAGCUAGGAAACUACGCCAAUUACGUCGGAACACACUGGUGGAACAUUCAGGAAGCCUCCUUCAACUACGACCCGAAUGCCGACCCGUCAGAGGUUGACCACGAUGUUCUGUACCGGGAAGGUAGGACGCUGAACCGGCAGACAACCUACACCCCACGGAUGCUGUUGGUGGAUUUGAAAGGGACGCUGAAGUUUAUGCCGGAGCAGGGGGAGCUGUACCAAGGGCAACAGCAACCAGCUAACGAGGAUGAACUUAUCAGUGGAAUCGGUUGGGAAGCAGCUAAAGUGGAAGUGAUCAGGAAAGAUCCGGUGGAGAAAUGUGAAUUCCAGCGUGAUUUGGUGGGUGAUGAGAAAGAUGAUGAGGAUGAUAAUGAGGAAGAGAAGGAUUACAAUUUCAAAGACACGGUUCAGGAUUGGAUCGAUUUCAGCUAUUCGCGAUAUCAUCCGAGAAGUAUUAAUAUGGUGAGCGAGUAUAGCCACUCAAAAGAAGAGAAUUUGUUUGAUACAAUAACGAAUGGGAUGGAAAUGUGGAGGAACUACGACUUCCAGGAUGAAGUUACGGAUAGAAUACGACAAUAUGUGGAGGAAUGUGAUGGGUGCCAGGGGUUUCAAACGCUUUUCGACUGUGUUGAUGGAUUCGCAGGAUUGGGAGUGAGGUGUCUGGAACAUUUGCAAGAUGAAUACGGAAAGGCUAGUUUAGUAUUUCCGUUAAUUCCUCCGAAGAUGCUAAACUUUAAAAAUGCGGAUGACAUAAUGACGGCAUCGGUUCGAAUAAUCAAUACGGCGCUCUCCUUUUCAAAUUUAAUGGAAUCGUGUUCGCUUUUUGUUCCUUUAUCCACCAUGGGGCGCUGCUGGCGGAGUCUUGAUCAACCACGAUCUUUCCCCCAUGUUGCCUACGGUGGAAGCAACUUUUACCAAACUUCAGCGUUGUUGGCCACGUUCCUGGAUACCGUUUCACUUCGGUAUCGCUUGAAAAAUCCAGCACAAGACAACUUUCUCGCCAGUUUAUGUGGUGAAGUAAGCCCCUAUGGACGGAAGAUGGCUGCCGCGGCGUUGGCUUUGCCCUUCGGUAUGAACAGCUCCGAAGAUCUAAUCGAUUUCCUCGACCAACAAUCUGAGCAGAAGCUACUUCACACCCAGUUAACGCCCAAUUGUUCAGUCGGAACCAAGUACCUCUUCCAGUCGGUGUCGGUCCGUGGUCUCCCUCGAAAUAGGCUGAAAAGACCUCCGACGUCUAAGUCGGCCCAAAGACAGCAGCGCAUGGCAGCGUAUCGAUGUGACUCCGUGAGCGAAAUGCUGCAAUUCUACUAUCAGUGUAGACUUCAUGCCAGUGUGUCGCACGUGACAGCAUGCAAAGCACCGAUGGAUCUUCGGACGCCGUUCCCUAACGAGCUGUUGCAGUCACGGGUGGGAUUUGAUGGAUUCCUACACGAAUACGAUUUAGGAGUCAAGCAAAAAGUGAUUUCCAUGCCGACCUUGGCGAUGAUCCAAUCAUCCGGAGACCUGGCAGAUACCCUGGAUAGCCUGCAUCGCGAGGCGAGUCGAAUAAAAAUUGCAAAAAUCUCCCGUUUUGCUGAGAGUGGCCUGGAGCUGGAGGAUUACCGAGAAAGUAUGGAUCGACUGAUGGACUUCAAAGAAAGGUAUGAUGACAAUUAUGAACUUUAAAUUUUUUAUAUUUUUAUUUAAAAAAAAAUGCAAGACAAGGUAAAACAUAAGGCCUUGUACACAAAAGCGCUUAACUA